UGUUUAGAAUGACCUCAUCAAUCAGCCCUCCACGGGUCUUUCCCUACUGAUCAGACUCUGAUUGAACAGGGUUUUUCGUUAAUUCGAAAACGAAACCUUAACCAACAUUUUGGCAAAGGAAAAAGUUGUUUAGAAUAACCUUAACAAUCAUCCCUCCACGGGUCUUCCCCUAAUUUUGGGACACCCUGUAUAAUACAUUAAUUAUUUUCUUAUCUAUGUAGAUAUAUGUAUAUCUCAUAUACAUAUAAAUAGUAACAUAUCAGGUUAUUCCAUAAGCAGUGAUAAGUAUGUAAUGCGAAUAUAACGGCAACUUGGCAAUAAAACAGUAAAAUAUUGAGAGAUAAACCAUGUUUCGCAUUAAUGGCGAUUACCGUGUAUUGUGAAUAAUUUUAGACAUUUAGUAAAAGAGUAAUUUGUAUUGUUUUGUGAAGUCGUAAGUUUAAGGUUAAACAUGUUGCGAAGUGUUAGCCGAAAAUUGUACUUCAUUCACAUGUUAAACAAGAGUUCAACAUGUAGUAUAAAACAAAAGAGAAAUUUGAGUUUACUUGAAUAUCAGGGCAAGGAACUUCUUAGAAAUUGCGGAGUUUCUGUGCAAAAUUUUGGUAUCGUGGAUGAUAUGAGGAAAGUAAAUUCUACUUUAGACCAAUUACAUGCAGAUGAAUAUGUUGUAAAAGCUCAAGUAUUAGCUGGCGGACGUGGAAAAGGAUGGUUUGAGCAUGGUUUUAAAGGAGGUGUACAUGUUACAAAAGACCGUAAUGCUGUUAAAGAAAUUGUGAAAAAUAUGUUAGGUCAUUGCCUUAUCACAAAGCAAACUUCAAAAGAUGGCAUAUUAGUGCAGAAAGUUAUGAUAGCAGAAUCUGUAAAUAUUGCACGUGAAACAUACAUUUGUAUACUUUUGGAUAGACAGCACAAUGGUCCUGUAUUAAUUGCUUCACCAGAAGGUGGUAUGGAUAUUGAAGCAGUUGCUGACAAAACUCCAGAAUUAAUUAAAACAAUACCGCUAGAUAUAUAUUAUGGUAUUGAUGAUGAUAUUGCUAAAGAAGUUAGCAUAUUUCUUGGUUUUACGGAUCCUACUAUGCAAGAGAAAGCAGCAAAUCAAUUAAAAAAUUUGUGGAAACUAUUUGUAGAUAUUGAUGCUUUACAAGUUGAAAUUAAUCCAUUGGUUGAAACUACAGAUAAACAAGUUAUAGCAGUAGAUGCGAAAAUAACAUUCGAUCAUAAUGCUCAAUUUCGGCAACAGGAUUUGUUUGCUUUAGAAAGUUACGAUAUGAUAGAUCCUAGAGAAGCUGCUGCAUCACAGUCUAAUCUAAAUUAUAUUGCUAUGGAUGGUAAUAUAGGAUGUUUAGUUAAUGGUGCUGGCUUAGCAAUGGCUACCAUGGAUAUAAUUAAACUACAUGGUGGAUCACCAGCCAAUUUUUUAGAUGUGGGUGGAAGUGUCAAAGAAGAUCAAGUUUACCAGGCAUUUAAAAUUCUGAGCGAAGAUCCAAAAGUAAAAUCGAUUCUUGUAAAUGUGUUUGGGGGUAUUGUAAAUUGUGCAACAAUAGCAAAAGGGAUUAUUGCGGCAGCUCGUAACUUAGAACUUAAAGUUCCGCUUGUUGUUAGAUUAGAAGGUACUAAUGUAGCAGAAGCAAAAAAGCUUCUUGCAGAAAGUGGUUUAUCAAUUCUUACAGCAAAUGAUUUAGAUGAAGCUGCUAGAAAAGCAGUUUCUUCAGUAAAAUCAUAAACAGCAACUGUACUCUGUACUAAGUUCUUCCACGAGUAACAUUUCAUAAAUGGCAGUGAAUAUUAAAAAAUCUGAACAAUUGUAUAAUUUUUAUAUAAUGCCAAGAUAUGAAAAGCUGAAUAUCUGAUCUUUUGUUUUCUUUUUCAAGUAAUAUCGGUCAGCUAAUGUAGGUAAUUAAAAAUAUUUUCUAUUUCUUUAUUACAAAAUUUGUUUCAUUUCGCUUUCACCUAAUAAGUGUUACCAAAUAGAUAUUACAAUAAAGAUUCGAUGAAAGCGAAAUGCUCUGGACCAAACUUUCGCUUACAUGGUACAGUUCCUACAUUGUUACAAGUUUGCCGACAGUUUCUAGUUGAGUUGGACUUGAGCUUUGAGUCCUUCGCUUUUAUUUACAGAUCUUUUUCGCUUUCAUCGAAUCUUUACUGUAAUUAGCUAAAAUUAUAUACCUACAAUUUAUACAUUUUAAAUGACUAACUUUGAUACUUUUAUACUUUGUAUACUUAAGAGGGUAAGGUAAUAAAGACAAUGUGGUUUUGUAA